UAAGGCUGAAUAAUAUGUGGUAUGUAUGUACCACAUUUUGUUUCCCAAUCACCCGUUGAUGGACACUUGGGUAGCUUCUACCUUUUGGCUAUUGUGAAUAAUGCUGCUAUGAAUAUGAACAUGGGUAUACAAAUCUCUCUUUGAGACCCUGCUUCCAAUUCUUCUGGUAGAUCUUCAUGGAGGAACACGGAGUGACUCAAACUGAACACAUGGCUACCAUAGAAGCCCAUGCAGUGGCCCAACAAGUACAACAGGUCCACGUGGCUACUUACACUGAACACAGUAUGCUAAGUGCUGAUGAAGACUCCCCUUCUUCUCCCGAGGACACCUCUUAUGAUGAUUCAGAUAUUCUCAACUCAACAGCGGCUGAUGAGGUUACAGCCCAUCUGGCUGCUGCAGGUCCUGUGGGAAUGGCUGCUGCUGCUGCUGUGGCAACAGGGAAGAAACGGAAACGGCCUCAUGUGUUUGAGUCUAAUCCAUCUAUCCGGAAGAGACAGCAAACACGUUUGCUUCGGAAACUUCGAGCCACAUUAGAUGAAUAUACAACUCGAGUGGGACAGCAAGCUAUUGUCCUUUGUAUCUCACCCUCCAAACCCAACCCCGUUUUUAAAGUGUUUGGUGCAGCACCUUUGGAGAAUGUGGUGCGAAAGUACAAGAGCAUGAUCCUGGAAGACUUGGAGUCUGCUCUGGCAGAACACGCCCCUGCACCACAGGAGGUUAACUCAGAACUGCCGCCUCUCACCAUCGAUGGGAUCCCAGUCUCUGUGGACAAAAUGACCCAGGCCCAGCUUCGGGCAUUUAUCCCAGAGAUGCUCAAGUACUCCACAGGUCGGGGAAAACCAGGCUGGGGGAAAGAAAGCUGCAAGCCUAUCUGGUGGCCUGAAGAUAUCCCAUGGGCAAAUGUCCGGAGUGACGUCCGCACAGAAGAGCAAAAGCAGAGGGUUUCAUGGACACAAGCACUAAGGACCAUAGUUAAAAACUGUUAUAAACAGCAUGGGCGGGAGGAUCUUUUAUAUGCUUUUGAAGAUCAACAAACACAGGCUACUACCACACACAGUAUAGCCCAUCUUGUACCAUCACAGACUGUAGUGCAGACCUUUAGCAACCCUGACGGCACUGUCUCACUCAUCCAGGUUGGUACAGGGGCAACAGUGGCCACAUUGGCUGAUGCUUCAGAACUGCCAACCACAGUCACUGUUGCCCAAGUGAAUUAUUCUGCUGUGGCUGAUGGAGAGGUGGAACAAAAUUGGGCCACAUUGCAGGGAGGAGAAAUGACCAUCCAGACGACGCAAGCAUCAGAGGCAACACAGGCGGUAGCGUCGUUGGCAGAGGCCGCAGUGGCAGCUUCACAGGAAAUGCAACAGGGAGCUACUGUCACCAUGGCACUCAACAGUGAAGCUGCCGCUCAUGCUGUCGCCACCCUGGCUGAAGCCACCUUACAAGGCGGGGGACAGAUCGUCCUGUCUGGGGAAACCGCAGCAGCCGUUGGAGCACUUACUGGAGUCCAAGAUGCUAAUGGCCUCUUUAUGGCAGACUGUGGAGGUUGCAAGUGGAUCCUGACAAGAAGGCCGCAGGUGGGCCUGGUCCAGAUCCCUGUGAGUAUGUACCAGACUGUGGUAACCAGCCUCGCCCAGGGCAACGGACCAGUGCAGGUGGCCAUGGCACCUGUAACCACCAGGAUAUCGGACAGCACAGUCACUAUGGACGGCCAGGCUGUGGAGGUGGUGACAUUGGAACAGUGACAUGCAGCCGUAUCAUGGCAUCGUUUUCUAGUCUACUUCAAAAUUUUUUACACGUUUGCAGAGGUGCAAUCAAAUGGAAUUAAGUCUCACGACUUUGGAAGAAAAGUUUUGUUAACCUUUUUUUUUUAAAAGGAAGAAAGGCAGCAGAUUUUGGAAUUGCAUUUUUUUAAAGCACCACUCUUGAUUUUCUGGGAUUGGUGGAGUAAGAAACUGCAUUGUCAAUUUCACUGUCCCAAAAAAGCCAAAUUGUGGCAGGACUUCUUUCUGCGGAAACGUGUGUAUACUUAUGUGUGUGUAUGUGUGAGUGUGAAUAUAUGUAUAUGUGUACAUAAGGACAUACACAUUUACAUAUAUAUAUAUAAAAUAUAUAUAUACAUACAUAUAUAUGUAUAUAUAUGUAUGAAACCCGCAUGGAAUUAUCUGUAUGAAAUCAAGGUGAGCUGUGGAAACAAUUAUCCACCCAGUUUAGUGGGUGGUAGGGUACGUGGCCAGAUACAGUCACCUGGUUUUUGUUCAUACCAGGGUUAUGCGUUGAGCUACUGACAAACUCAGGCAGAGGUGACCAUGCCCUUCACCAAAGCUGCCUCCCAGUGGCCGCCCAGAACUUCCCUGCUGGACUCACUUGAGGAAGGAGGUUCCAAGAUGCAGUGGGAUCCAGAAAGUACUUGCAAGGUCCAGGGAUCUCAUGGUCCGCCAGCUGAGACACUCCUCGGGCUGGCCCAGGUGCUGACCUUGCCACAGGCAGGUGAAUGUCUUGAAGCUCCCACCAGGGACAUAAGGGUUUUCCUCAGCUUCCCAUCUCCUCCAUAUCCCAGGAAUCCUCCUUGAUCUUAUGACCAUUAAAGAGUUGCUUUGGUCUUAAGGUCAGUCCUGAAUUGGUCAUGUAUAUGAACUGAAGGUAACAGAAGUAAUAAGGGUCUGAGGAGUGCGUGCUAAGCGUGCUUGUGGGUGUGCGCGUGCAUGGUAGGGGAGAGAAUGGGAAGAGGUGGAGGAGCUAGAAGGGAAAGGAGGAAGGGAGAAAGUCUUCAUAGACCAGGGUACACCAAUGGGAGCCAUUUCUUUUCCUCUAGUUGUCAUUUCUCUGCAAUGAAAAGGGACACCUGGCUUAGGAAGGGUGGCCAUCACAAUGGAAUGUGUCAGAAGAGAAAGGGUCUUCAUACCUGGAUCUGGCCCUGCUCUGGGAGUGGUUCUAAGAGGCCCAUUUUCCUAGCUGCAUCCUAGUGGCCCAGGCCCUGUGUGGCCCUCCUGCUUACAAGUGUGGAUUGGUCUGGGUGUUAUUUGUCAGUUAAAUUCUGUCCUUCCCUAGCUGCAAGCCCUGAGUCUCCUGUGGCUACAUUCACCCGACUUUUUGACAGGCCAAAUCCCUGCUCCUUGAGUAUAGGGACAACUCUUCCUUCCCCCUCCCAUGUCCCCCCAUGUGUGAUAGUGUAUUUAAUGUUUUUUUUUUUUUUUUUAAAGCAACAUUAAAAGAUUCUUCAUGUCUUGCUCAGCCUUUGAGAAAAGUUUCAGAUUCUUGUAUUUGCUUGUUUUAUAUAAAACUAUCCAAUGUUC